AGUUGUUUUAGAGUAACCACAGUGAGCGAUCUAUUCCCAGUCAUGAAGUUAUUACCAAUAUUUUUAGUGAUAUUGUCAACUUUAACGAUCCUUGCAGCUGCCAGUAAUGAAAACAGGAAAACUAAGAUUGGAAAACAUAAAAAGUAUUGUGAAGCGGCAUUGAAACUUAUACAUAAUGGCGACUGCGAUCAAACAUUAAGAACACUCAUGAAUGAGCAUUUUGUUAAAAGAGGAAUAAAAAUAAAGAAAUGCAAUUCAAAAACGAACAUACAUAAGGAUUUUACACACAACGCUCGUGAAAACAAGAAACCUAAGCUGUCACAUUUACCUAAGGACUGUGGGGAAAUUGACAGUGACCGAAUAUUCGGUGGCGAAUAUGCAAAUUUAUAUGAAAAUCCUUGGAUGGCACUGCUUUCUAGUAAAAGAGACAACGGAGAAUUUUAUUACUGCGGCGGUACUAUUGUCAACUCAAAAUACAUUUUGACAGCGGCGCAUUGCGUCCAGGAAAACAUUCAGAAAGUACGUGUUGGGGAAUUUAGAAUUUCUACCGAUGCGGACUGUGACGUGAGCGAAUACACAAUCUGUGACAGCUACAAGCAGGAUCUAGAUGUAGAUGAGAUAAUUCCACACGAAGGCUAUAUACCUGCGUCUACUAACGGAUUUCCCCCUGUUAAUGACAUUGCUCUUUUACGAGUAAAAGGAACAAUAGAUGUAACAAGAAAUAAUGUAAAACCAAUCUGUUUGCCAAAAACUGAAAUUCUACGCGACCUGACGAACAUCACUGAAGAAAUAGGCUUAGUGACUGGAUGGGGGCUAACGGAAACUAUCCAAGAAUCCGACAUACUUCGUAAAGUCACAGUUCCAAUUAAGCCGUGCAAAGAAGAAUACAGAAGAUAUGAUAAAAUAAUCUGCGCUGGAGACAUUAACAAAGACUCUUGCAGCGGAGACUCUGGUGGUCCUCUUUUAAUUCAAAAACCUUAUGACGGUGCUAUGAGAUAUGUCCAAUAUGGUAUUGUAUCUCACGGAGCUACUACAUGUGGAACGGAGAGCAAUGGAAGUGUCUAUACCGACGUCACCAAAUAUAUGGACUGGAUUUUAAGCAAAAUGAGAGAAUAAACUAUAUAAUGUGAAAAUUCUUCUUAAAGAGUAUAAUAUAAUAUUAUGAAGACUUAGUAAAUAUUUUAAAUAAUAACCAUUAA